GGGAGUGAGAACACUGGCAGCUGAACAGUCCUUCCCAAAGCGCUGGCACUUUGCACCAACAGCUCUGUGUGUGAGUGUGAGUGAGUGAGUGAGAGAGAGAGAGAGCCCAGGCAGUGUGACAGCUCAGCGGCAUUCCUCAGCCUCCCUAUCCCUCCCCAGCCCCAGGGAGCAGCUCUGAGCUGGGGCUGCACACAGACACAGAGAGAGAGGGAGAGCGAGAGGGAGGCAGCAGCUGGAGACUGUGGAUGCUGGAGGCCAACAGCGAGGCGCUGAGUUUGACACAACUUUCACCAGGACCAUGGACCGGGAGGAGCUGCUAAAGAGACGUGAGAAGACACAGUGGUUUUAUGAGCGAAGAUCUCCCAGCAAGUUCUUUCAGCAAGGGACCUGUCCAUCGAACAUGACCACCUCUUCGAUGAAAGAGCCCUCACAGAUGCCUGAGUUACAGGAGCUCCGAACCGGGCCAAUCGAACAGCACGUCAAAACUACAUCUCCUGUUGGACCCCUGCACCCUCAGCCCCAGUAUGGGAACUCUCUGCCGAGUCUGACUGAGCACACCCCUGUCUGUAUUCCUUCACCAAAUGAAUACCCGACCCUUGCCUUCUACAGCCCCUCCAUCCUGGGUUACAGUGUGUCCGGCGAUACCAGUGGACCUGAUGCAACCAUUGUCAGGCAGAGCUUGAGUCCCUCAAUGUACUGGUCAUCAGCUGGACAUGUCUCCCCCAUCUCCUUACACUGCCAACAACCCAUCAUGUACGCUGAGCCAGCCAGUAGCCCUUGGGAUGAUCUGAGGCCUGGGGAGCAGCAUCUAUUGAACAGGGAGAAUUUGAGGAAAAAGCCGGUGCCACCCAAUUCCUCCAUGAACAGUGUUUGUUCGAGGCGGGAUGCCCACUUCUGUGCUGUUUGUAAUGAUUUUGCUUCGGGUUAUCACUACGGCGUCUGGUCCUGUGAGGGAUGCAAAGCAUUCUUCAAAAGGAGUAUCCAAGGGCACAAUGCCUACAUCUGCCCAGCAACUAACCAGUGCACCAUCGACAAGAACAGGAGGAAGAGCUGCCAGGCAUGUCGACUACGCAAGUGCUAUGAAGUUGGGAUGAUGAAAUCCGACACGCGGAGAGACCGUUCCAGUUAUCGCUUCAGCCGACAGAGCCGCCUCUCCAGUCCACAAGCACAACACGGGAGCAGAAGCAAGAGGACUGUUCAAAAUGAUCUCAAUAAUAGCACACAGCCGUGCCUGGGACAGCUCGACCCAGAGAAACUGCUGAGCUCCCUGUUAGAGGCAGAACCACCCAAUGUCUACUCCCUAAAACAACCCAACAAACCCUACACCGAGGCCUCCAUGAUGAUGUCACUGACCAACCUGGCUGACAGGGAACUGGUUCACAUGAUCGCCUGGGCCAAGAAAGUUCCAGGAUUCCUUGAGCUGGAUCUCCAUGACCAGGUGCAGUUGCUGGAAUGUUGCUGGUUGGAGGUUCUCAUGGUCGGAUUAAUGUGGAGGUCGAUCGAGUAUCCAGGAAAACUGCUGUUUGCCCCGGACCUCAUUCUCGAUCGGGAUGAGGGACAGUGUGUCGAAGGCAUUCUGGAAAUCUUUGACAUGUUACUGGCAGCCACCUCCAGGUUUCGGGAGUUGAAACUGCAACAUGAGGAAUAUCUCUGUCUGAAAGCCAUGGUCCUCCUCAACUCCA